UUUGUGCCUAUUACACACCACAAAAGAAACCGACUCAAACAGUCGGUAAACACACACAAACUGUUGUACAACAUUACAAGAAAAAAUUAUUUUUUUUUGGUACGACGUGUGUUCUGUUGAUAUCAAAAAUUUUUGGAAAUAUUCGAUAAAUCCUGAUUCAAAUACGAACCAGCAGUGUGCAGUGGAUUUGAGAAAGCUGAAUAUUUUACUUUAUUUUUGAUUCAAAUUGAAUUCAGUCAAAGGAAAAUGGUGAAUUUUAAGCAAGCUGCUAAUACUCUUAAAAAACUAUUCGUCUACGGUACCUUAAAAUCAGGAGAAGCCAAUCACAAUAUCUUACAAAAUUCCUCAAAUGGCGUUGCUAAAUAUUGGUGCAAGGCAACGACAACCAAAAAGAUGCCCCUGGUCAUUGGUACACGCUACAACAUUCCAUUUUUGCUCAAUAAGCCAGGAGUAGGAAGCUAUGUAACUGGUGAAAUUUACGAGGUCGAUGAAAAAAUGAUGGAAAUCUUGGAUAAUUUGGAAGAUUGUCAGCGAUUGUACAAACGAGAUACGCAAUUAAUGAAUAUGGGAAUCGGUGAAGGAAACGUUCCCUGCGAUGUCUUUUUGUUGGACAAGUAUCCUGAACAUCUACUCGAUUUGCCAUACUUGACGGAAUACAAAAAUUCUCACGAGCAUCCAUACAUUAAGAAGUCUUUAAGAAAUAAGGGUCUUGGAGAAGAGGAUUUCACUCCAGCCUCAGCAGCUGCAUAAGAAGUUUUCGUUAGGAAUUCGUUGUGGAAGUAGUAUUUUGAAAAGCAGUUAUUUUGAAUGUGAAUACCAACCACGUAACUUGAUCUACUUAAUUUGUGCAUCUUUAGAGCAUUUUGUAAUUUGUUGCACUUGAAUACUUAAUUUUCAGCCAAUAAAGCGGCUACUAUCAGGUUCAGCUCAAGGAAAAGACCAACUAUUUUUUUUUAGAUUUCUAAACUGUGAAUCAAUCAAUAUUUUUUUGGGUAGCAGUUGUUGACAAUAAACAUUUUAAAAUCAACUGAAA